GCGCGGGUCCUCGCGGCCGCCCCGCGCCCGGCUGUGGGCGAAGGCUCCGCGCGCUGGGGGCGUCGCGGCCGCUGGCGGCGGAGCCCGGAAAAAAAUAAACGCGCUGUGGGCGUGAAGCCUGGCGCGGGUGUCCCGGAGAGGGAGGGAGCGGCCCGGCCCGGCCGGUUCACGGGUUUUCGUCCGUCAGCCCCGUCCCGAGCGCGGCAGAGCGUGAGCGGCAAGUGUUCCUCCGUUUGAAAGCGGGUUCUGCAUUUCAGGUAACCCGCGGGAGAAAUAAAAUCCGUGAUCAAGCGUGUUGACGGUGUUUAUAGGAAAGGGGUCAGACCAGGGCAUGCGUACUAAACAUGGAGGAAGAUGAAGAGGAAGACUACAUGUCUGAUUUAUUUAUUAAACAGGAUGUAAGGCCAGGCUUGCCCAUGGUGAGGCGGAUGAAGGAAGCUAUUCAGAAAGAAGAAAAGCAAAAAGAAGCCAAUGAGAAGAACAGACAGAAGAGUAUAAAAGAAGAAGAAAAAGAGAGACGUGACUUGGUAUUGAAAAGUGCAUUGGGGAAUGAGAACAAAGGCUUUGCCUUGCUCCAGAAGAUGGGCUACAAGAGCGGCCAGGCCCUUGGCAAAAGCGGAGAGGGCAUUGUUGAACCUAUUCCUCUGAACAUAAAAACAGGCAGAAGUGGGCUUGGUCACGAGGAAUUAAAAAAGCGAAAAGCUGAAGAAAAACUAGAAAACUAUAGACAAAAACUCCAUAUGAAAAAGCAAGCAAAUGAACAAGCUGCAGAUCAGUUCAGAAUAAGAUUCAAAAACAAGCAAGAAGAACGUAAGAUGGAAGGAGACCUCCGAAAAAGCCAGAGGGCCUGCCAGCAAUUAGAUCUGCAAAAAGAUAUUGAUGUUCCCAAGGAGACUUGGUAUUGGCUAGCACCUGAAGAAGACGACAAAAAGGAUGAGGAAGACAAGGAAGAUGAAUGUACAAGCUCAGACUUAAGUGUAUCAGAAAAGCUGUACAUCCUGACUGCCUAUUUGAGAGAACACCACUUCUAUUGCAUUUGGUGUGGAACAACCUACGAAGACUCUGAAGAUUUAUCUUCAAACUGCCCUGGAGACACUGCUGCAGAUCAUGACUAAAGCCUUUCCAAAGGAGGGAGCCCUAGAUAAUUUUCCAGUGGCCCUUGUUCACAUAAUUCCAUUUGGAUGAAAAGACAGAUAACUUCUUGGCCUGACUCCUGCCUGCAAAAGAAAAUCGCAUACCAUACUGAAAUUGGCAAGAUAUACUUCAUCCCAAGCCAUCAAUGAUUCUCAUGUUCCUCUUCUAAUUAUUAUUAUUAUUAUUAUUAUUAUUAUUAUUAUUGGAGUUCCAAAGUCUGUAAAUCCCUUGAUUUUAAAAAAUGUCCUAGACCAAUUUGUACUAGAUAUAAAUAAAUAGAACUGCAAACCAAA